GGCGGCAUGGCGGCUCACCGCGCCGGGCCUCUCAAGCAGCAGAAUAAAGCUCAUAAAGGCGGGCGGCAUCGGGGCCGCGGGUCCGCACAGCGGGACAACAAGGGCCGUCUGGGAGUGAAAACCGUGUGCAAGAAGGUGAGGAAAGAGCUCAGCCGAGUGGAUCAAAGGCAUCGCGCCAGCCAGCUCCGAAAGCAGAAGAAGGAGGCGGUUCUUGCAGAGAAGAGGCACCUGGGCAGCAGAGAUGGUCCCCCUCACCAAGUCCUGGUGGUUCCCUUGCACAGCAGGGUCUCCUUGUCGGUGGCCUUUCAGCUGCUCCAGGACAGGGAGGCUGGGACUGUGCACUUGAAAGGGUGCGACAACACCCAGAGCUUUGUGCUGCUCUGCCCCCAGCUGAGACACCGAUGGUUUUUCACAUCUGCAAGGCCAGGGGAUCUGCAUACUGUGUUAGAUUUAGCUAAAGUAGCUGACACCAUCCUCUUCCUCCUUGAUCCUCUAGAAGGCUGGGACAGCACUGGGGAUUACUGUCUUUCUUGCCUCUUUGCUCAGGGCCUCCCCACGUAUGCCUUAGCUAUCCAGGGAGUAUCUGGCCUCCCACCGAAGAGACAAACAGAUGCCAGAAAGAAGCUAAGUAAAGUGGUGGAGAAGCGCUUUCCGGAUGACAGACUCCUCCUGUUGGACACUCAGCAGGAGGCUGGAAUGCUGCUGAGGCAGCUGGCUAACCAAAAGCAACGGCACCUCGCUUUUCGAGAUCGGCGGGCCUACCUGUUGGCUCACACUGCUGAUUUUGUGGCUAAUGAAGAGAAUAGCACUGUGGGCACCUUGAAGCUCUCGGGCUAUGUUCGUGGGCAGGCUCUGAAUGUGAAUAGCUUGCUGCACAUUGUUGGACAUGGUGAUUUUCAGAUGAAGCAGAUAGAUGCCCCCAUGGACCCUUAUCCUUUGAAUACUAGAGUGGUUAAAUCCCAGAAGCAUACAGGCAUGGCAAUGGAGAUCUGUGCUGGGAAUGCUGUGACCAAUAUGGAAGAAGACAUUAAGGUCCUGAUGAAGGCUGACCCUGAGAAACAGGAAUCUUUGCAAACAGAGGUUAUCCCAGAUCCAAUGGAGGGAGAGCAAACCUGGCCUACUGAGGAGGAGCUAAGGGAAGCAGAUGACUUUUUGAAGGAAAGUUCCAAAGUGGUAAAGAAAGUCCCCAAAGGAACAUCUAGUUACCAAGCUGAAUGGAUUUUGGAUGAAGACGGUGGCAGUGGUGGUGAGGGAGAUGAAUAUGAUGAUAUAGAACAUGAGGAUUUUAUGGAAGAGGAAUCUCAAGGUGAAGGUAGUGAAGUGGAAGAUGAACAAGAAGAAGAAUGUGAAACUAUGACUAUAGGGGACUCUGUGCGUGAUGAUCUGUAUGAUGAGAAAGUGGAUGAAGAGGCUGAGGAGAAAAUGCUGGAGAAAUACAAACAAGAACGAAUGGAAGAGAUGUUUCCAGAUGAAGUGGACACCCCCCGUGAUGUGGCUGCCAGAAUACGAUUUCAAAAAUACAGAGGCCUUAAGAGCUUCCGGACAUCUCCUUGGGAUCCUAAGGAAAACCUUCCUCACGAUUAUGCUCGGAUCUUUCAGUUUCAGAACUUUACUAAUACUAGGAAACGCAUUUUUAAAGAGAUUGAUGAAAAGGAGCUUGACGGAGCUGAGGUUGGUUGGUACGUCACAGUCCACGUUGCAGACGUCCCUGCCUCUGUGGUAGAGUCUUUCCGGCAAGGAACACCCAUGGUUGCCUUUUCUUUGCUCCCUCAUGAGCAGAAGAUGUCAGUGUUGAACAUGGUGGUGAGGCGGACCUCUGGUGACACCGAGCCUGUGAAAGCCAAGGAGGAGCUCAUCUUCCACUGUGGGUUCAGGCGCUUCCGUGCGUCGCCUUUAAUCUCUCAGCACACUGCAGCGGAUAAGCAUAAAUUUCAGAGAUUCCUGACUGCUGAUGUGGCCCUCGUGGUAACUGUGUACGCGCCAAUCACUUUUCCUCCUGCAUCUGUGCUGCUCUUCAAACAGAAAAGUAACGGAAUGCACAACCUCAUUGCCACAGGCCAUCUGAUGUCAGUGGAUCCAGACAGAAUGGUCAUCAAGAGAGUUGUUCUGAGUGGCCAUCCUUUUAAAAUCUUCACUAAGUCGGCAGUAGUGCGUUACAUGUUCUUCAACAGAGAGGAUGUGCUCUGGUUUAAACCAGUGGAACUGAGAACAAAGUGGGGCCGAAGGGGACACAUCAAGGAACCUUUAGGUACUCAUGGCCACAUGAAGUGUAGUUUUGAUGGGAAACUAAAAUCCCAAGAUACAGUAUUGAUGAAUCUGUAUAAACGAGUUUUCCCCAAGUGGACUUACGAUCCAUAUGUACCAGAACCAGUGCCUUGGGUAAAAAGUGAGAUUUUGUCACCAGAACUUGAAAUGGAUGCUGAAUAAUGGACUCCCUGGGCUUCUGGCACCUUAGACGCAGGACCCUCUGCUGUGCCUGGGCAUUUUAUUGUUUCUAAUUUAACUGGAUGGUUUACAAAGGAUUGUUUUGGCUUUCGCAGGGGUUUCAGUUAAGUACAAAAUUUUUCUCCUACUACUUAAACAAUUAAAUCUUACUGACGUGUCUACUUUU